CAUUCUAAUCAUUUUUUUGUGCGGAUUGCCCUUCAAAAGACACAGGUUUCUGUGAUGGCAGAUGACAUCUUGAAGAAUGUCGAAUUUGAUGCACUGCGGAUUGUUUUUAAUAAAUUCCAGUCAGUUGUCUCAUUUUUGCCAACAGUGUCCACUGUACUAUCUCCAGAGGUUGUGGAGAGGGAGGCUGAAUCAGGUGGAAAGCUUGGAGAAUUGGAUUUAUAUGAAGUUGAAGGUGCUGAGACAAAGUCAGAAGUUCUUCAGAACCUGGCUGAAUUUCAGUUUUCGUGCGUUAUGUUCAAUGCAGUUCUAGAGAACGCUACUAGUGAGCAAGGAGCAAGAAUGUCUGCUAUGGAUAGCUCCAGCAGAAAUGCUGGGGACAUGCUUGAUCGUCUCACUCUUACUUACAACAGAACCCGUCAAGCAUCUAUCACCACAGAACUGAUAGAGAUCAUAUCAGGAGCAUCAGCUUUGGAGGGUUAAUUGGACAAGCUACCGCUUUGAUCUGAUGGAGAAAUAAGAAAAAUGUGUAGGCUUUUUUAGCACCCUGGGGCGACCAAUUAUCCGUUUUGAUUUAUGAAUAAUCUCUUGGUUGACUUUAUUCCUGGGAAAAUUGGUUUCACUGUUACAAAGAUAGUCAUAAAUGCCUUUUGAUCUGUUUCUUUUCAUUUUUGUACUGGGCUUGAAUGGCCGUAACUUGUUCAAG